GCUGCCCCCAUUGGGUGAACUAGCAAGCGUGAACGAAAUUCGAAAAGUGCGAAGCGAUUUCAAAGCGAUCUUCUCAGUGUACUACGUGCUCUAAACCGAACAAGCGAUUUUACAGUGUUUUCUCGUGAGUGACAUCUUGUGCGAUUUACUAAGUUAACAACACCGUUCUUCGGUUUUAUUGUCACUUAAACUUUACAGAUUUUACGUACUUAUUUCGUGUGUGAACUUAACAUCAGUGAGUGCAAAAAUGGCAAAAGCACCCGCCGUUGGAAUUGAUCUUGGUACCACCUACUCGUGCGUUGGAGUGUGGCAGCAAGGAAAAGUGGAAAUCAUCGCCAAUGACCAAGGAAACCGCACCACUCCCAGCUACGUCGCCUUCUCAGACACCGAGCGACUCAUCGGUGAUGCCGCCAAAAACCAAGUUGCGAUGAACCCCCAGAACACCAUCUUCGACGCCAAACGUCUCAUUGGUCGCCGAUUCGACGAUCCGAAAAUCCAAGCCGAUAUGAAGCACUGGCCCUUCAAAGUUAUCAACGACUGCGGAAAGCCCAAACUCCAGGUCGAAUUCAAAGGUGAGACCAAAACCUUUGCCCCAGAAGAAGUCAGUUCCAUGGUUCUCACCAAGAUGAAGGAAACAGCUGAAGCGUUUUUGGGCACAAAAGUCAAGGAUGCAGUCAUCACAGUUCCAGCUUACUUCAACGACUCACAGCGACAAGCCACCAAGGAUGCCGGUGCCAUUGCUGGUCUCAACGUGUUGCGAAUCAUCAAUGAACCAACUGCUGCCGCUCUCGCCUACGGUCUUGACAAGAAUUUGAAAGGUGAACGCAAUGUAUUAAUCUUCGAUCUGGGUGGUGGCACCUUUGAUGUUUCCAUCCUGACGAUUGAUGAAGGCUCAUUGUUUGAAGUUCGUGCCACAGCUGGAGACACUCACCUGGGAGGCGAAGACUUUGACAACCGUCUGGUGAACCAUCUAGCGGAAGAAUUCAAACGCAAGUACCGCAAGGACCUCCGAGGCAACAACAGAGCCCUGCGAAGACUGCGUACAUCUGCUGAACGAGCUAAGCGAACUCUCUCCUCAAGCACAGAAGCUAGCAUUGAGAUUGACGCCCUCAUGGAUGGCAUCGACUUCUACACCAAAGUGUCCCGCGCCAGGUUCGAAGAACUUUGCUCUGACCUCUUCCGCUCAACCCUCCACCCAGUUGAGAAGGCCCUGGCUGAUGCAAAAAUGGACAAGAGCUCCAUCCAUGACGUCGUCCUAGUGGGAGGCUCCACUCGCAUUCCCAAAAUCCAGUCUCUGCUACAGAACUUCUUCUGUGGAAAAGCGCUCAACUUCUCUAUCAACCCCGAUGAAGCCGUGGCCUACGGAGCAGCAGUUCAAGCAGCCAUUCUCAGUGGUGACACCAGCUCAGCAAUUCAAGAUGUGCUUCUCGUCGAUGUGGCGCCUCUAUCACUUGGAAUCGAAACCGCUGGUGGUGUUAUGACAAAGAUUGUAGAACGUAAUGCUCGCAUUCCCUGCAAACAAUCGCAAACUUUCACCACCUACUCCGACAAUCAACCUGCAGUUACCAUUCAAGUGUAUGAAGGUGAGCGAGCAAUGACAAAAGACAACAACCUCCUCGGUACCUUCGAUCUGACCGGCAUUCCACCAGCUCCAAGAGGCGUGCCCAAGAUUGAUGUUACCUUCGACCUAGAUGCUAAUGGUAUUCUCAACGUCUCAGCCAAAGAAAACAGCACUGGCAAGUCGAAGAACAUUGUCAUCAAGAACGACAAAGGCCGCCUGUCUCGAGAGGAAAUCGACCGAAUGGUGAACGAAGCAGAGAAAUACAAGGAAGAGGAUGAGAAGCAGCGUGCCAAGAUUGCUGCAAGAAACCAGCUGGAAAGCUACGUAUUCAACGUCAAGCAGGCAGUUGACGAAGCUGGAGACAAACUUCCGGAAUCCGACAAACAACUCGUCCAUGAUGAAUGUCAAGCUGCACUAUCCUGGCUGGACAACAACACCCUGGCUGAUGUAGAGGAGUUCAACUACAAAUUACAAGAAGUCCAGAAGAAAUGCUCGCCCAUCAUGAGCAAGAUGCAUGGAGCAGGCCAAGGAGGCAUGCCAGGAGGAAUGGGCGGUAUGCCUGGAGGAAUGGGCGGUAUGCCUGGAGGAAUGGGAGGCAUGCCUGGAUAUGGAGGACAAGGCCCAACCGUCGAAGAAGUGGACUAAAUGCGCUGAAUCAAGCUAUGGUUCUGGAGGGGAAGAAGAUCCCCACCCCCACCGACUACAACACUCCAUCCAUCCCGAGUGACACCAGCGGACGAAGCAAGUUCCUACUAAACUUAAGAAGGUAUUAAAAAAAUACUCUACUUAGUCAAAAUCUAAAGAAAAAAUCUUGAGCUCUAAAUCAAUUUUUGCAUUCCUUGUAAAUAAUGUACAUAAUUCUAUCAAUUCGAUCUUUUUCAUUUAUGUAACUUUGUGAUAUUCAAGCACAUUUUCUUCUGUUUAAAAGUUAUCUGUGCUGUAAAAUUUGUUAAGACUGAUUUUUGUUAAUAAAAGAAGACCUUAAGUGGUCAAAACAAAA